UGGGCUAAUGCGAAGAUAGGAUGAGUUACACAGCAAAAGAAAUCAGUCAAUAUAUAUAGUAACAGUUCCAGAUCAUAGCAGGUAAUACUUUUUGAUCUGAUCUCAUACUGUAUUUGGCUGCCUUCACUUGGUAUGAACAUCAGAUUGCUGUUAACUGCCAAAUUUGUAAACAUCAAAUUGUUGACGCAUCAAAGCAAAGCAAAGACUCAAACAAAUUUGAUGAUGAUUGAUGCUGAAAGAAGAUGCUUUUAAUUGGUUAAAUUAAUUGUUUAACUGCAGAAUUAACUCUUCUAAUAUGUUUGCAAAUGGUCCCAGCAUUUCUAGGAUUUCAUUUGAGGCUACAAACAGUCCAUAUCUCUCAUCUUAUAUUCUAAUUUCUAAUUGUUCCAAUGAAAGUUUUUCUCUGAUUUGUGUGUUCAAUCUUCUAAUGAAUCCCUACAAAUUGUAACUUGCAUAGAAUUCCAUUGAUGAGAACAGAAAAUGGGCUUAUCAUCAUUACCAUCUUUUGAUUCGUAAGAUAGAUUUAUACUGAUUGGAUGACUUUGAAUUACAGCCAGCACAAAGAGCAAAUUUCAGCUCUAUUACAUUUUGGUGCUUGAUCUGAAUCAACUCAGAGCAACUGUUGACGAGUUAUAUUCUCCAAAGAGUUAUAUUCUGAAAUUGUAUGUCUAUGUUUUGGAUUUGUAUUCCUGAAAGAAGAUGAUUGUUUUAGUUAUUUCAGGUGAAUUUGUUGGAUUUUUUGUUUAUAAAUUCCUUCCACGGAACUUAGCAAAACCUAUCGGACAACCGUUGCACCCAAAAACGCUUAGUUAAACAUUAUUGAGCACAGUGUUUUAUGGUGGAUGUGGCCAUGACUAACGCAGAGUCAGAAAGCUAGAUAAGUACAAUCGCUAUAUGAUAUCGACUAAGAGACAAAAGUUUUCAGGCAUGGGUCCCUUCUCAAAAUGAUGCUUCAUCCAUUAUAUUUUUUAUAAUGAAGAUUUUUUAUCAUCCACAAGAAAAACUCGUUAGUUAUCCAUUCUACUUUGUCUUCUUUGCUGAGAAGAAUAAUAGAUCUGUGUCGCUCUGGAGAAGGCUACAGAGCUAAGCUAUGGCUCCCCACGCUCUUCUCAUUCCUCUUCCUGCACAGGGUCACAUUAAUCCCAUGAUGCAGCUCGCCUGGAAGCUCGUCUCCCAUGGAUUCCUCAUCACUUUCCUCAACUCUGACAGCACUCAUAACCGCAUACACAAAGCCAACACUCUAAAUUCCUUCUUUGAUAACAUCCGAAUGAUAUCUGUUCCCUUCGAAUUCCCGCCAUUGGAUAGUCUGGAAGGCAUUGAAAAUAGAAUCGAGUCGUUAAUAAAGGGCAUGGGGCCUUCAGUAAUUGAUAAAGUGAUUCAGGAAAUAAACGCCAGGGAAGAAGAAAACAAGGUCACCUGUAUAAUUGCAGACGUCUGGAUGUGCUUUGGCUUACAGGCGGUAGCCACGCUCCAUGAACUUCCCCUCGCCGCUUUUCACACUGCUCUUGUUUCACUCUUCGCCAUUCGCUACUUUAGUGCCCAUCUGGUCUCGCUUGGCAUCCUUCAUUCUGAUGGAAUUCCAAAAGAAGAUAAAAAAACAAAAUAUCUUCCCUGCAUGCCGGCGCUCCAUUCUGGAGAUCUUCCGUGGUUGUAGGCAGGCGAAUACAUGUUCCGGAAAGGGAUUCGCAUGGGAGAAGAAAUCAAGGACAUCAAAUGGGUCCUCUUCAAUUCUUUCAUAGAGAUUGAAGCUCCAGUAGUCGAAACGUUGUCGAAAGAAGUGGGCGUUUAUCCAAUAGGUCCUCUAAUUCCUCCUGAGUUUCUGAUCGAUAGCAGGACAAGCACGAAGGUUCUUCCAAGCUUCAGAAAGACUGACACAGAUUGCUUACAAUGGCUAGAUAAACAGUGUGCCCACUCUGUGAUCUACAUAUCCUUUGGAAGUACUGGAAUUCUAAGUGAAAAGCAACUGGAAGAGCUUGCUCUGGGAUUGGAGGCCACCCAGAGACCAUUUCUGUGGGUUGUGCGCUCCGAUCUGAUGAAAGGAAGCGAAGCUAAUUUACCUGUUGGUUUCUUGGAGCAAGUGAGAGAUAGAGGUUGCAUAGUUUCGUGGGCGCCACAGUUAGAGGUGUUAUCUCAUCCUUCCAUAGCCUGUUUUGUAACUCACUGUGGAUGGAACUCUGUGCAGGAAAGCAUCACCAUGGGCGUGCCCAUGCUUUGUUGGCCUUACUUUGCAGACCAAUUUCUUAACCGCGCGUAUGUUGUAGAUGUGUGGAAAUUGGGUCUGCCAUUAAAUGCGAAUAGCCAAGGAAUUAUAAAGCAGGGGGAAAUUGUGAAAGGUGUGGAGAUUUUGCAGGAAUCGGAACAAGGCCUGGAGAUCAGAGAGGAAGCGAAAAAAUUGAAGAUAAUUGCUAGGGAUGCAGUCAAGGACGGGGGCUCCUCAUGGAAUAACUUUAAUCUAUUUGUCACAGCUAUGAAGCGACAGCCAAAUGAAUGACUUGCUUUCUGGAGCGAUUGUUUUGUUUCACUUGACUACUUAUCCUGCAAAAAGCUAUUCUUUUAUCUUGAUAAAGUCGUCCCUUGUGUCGUACUUCCACAUAGGUUAUGUCAACCAUGUUGUUACAAGACAUUCUUACUAGUUCAGCAAUCUCCUAUAAAAUAAAUAAAAUAAAAAAAAAGUGAUGUGUUAAAAGCUAUUUUGUUAAAAACGGACCUAGAAAGUGAAGGGUGUAAAUGCUAUCUACUUUGAUCAUAAUUCACGUUGUUAUUGUAUCAUUCAGUAAUACAAUAUUGUUGUUGUUUGGUGGAGUG